AUGGGCUUCUUCUCCCGCAAUACGACCCCGGCGACGGGACACCACCACCACCACCACCAACACCAUGCCGCCGACGCCCCCGCAGACGGCGGUGUCACAAACGGCCACCAUGUCGCCGGCGGCAGCGGACGGCGCUGGAACCGCGGCGGCGGGCACCGUCGUGAGCGUCGCGUACACGAGCCCUACAGCAUGGCCCGGCGGCCUACGUUUGGGCAGUGGCUUAAACAUACGUGGCUGGACAUUCUCACCAUGGUCAUCAUGGGCGCCAUAGGCCUGGGCGUCUACAUGGCCAAGCCCGCGCCCUCGCGCUCCUUUGCCAUCACCUUCUCCGACGGCGAGGUCGUCUACCCGGAAUUCGCAUACCCGAUGCGCAAGGAAAUCGUGCCCAUCUGGGCCGCCGCGCUGCUCGCCGCGCUGGUGCCCAUCGCCGUCAUCCUGCUCAUGCAGGUCCGCGUGCGCUCCUUCUGGGACGUCAACAACGGCGUCGUCGGCCUGCUGUACGGGCUCAUCUGCGCCGCCGUCUUCCAGGUCUUUGUCAAGUGGCUGAUCGGGGGCCUGCGCCCGCACUUUCUCGACGUGUGCAAGCCCGACAUCAACAGGGUGCUCAACGACUCUUCUGGAGGAGGCACCAACGGCAACGGCAACGACGCCCUCAGCUUCAAGGGCUUCCGCCAGCUGUACUUUGACCGCGAGGUGUGCACGGGCGACGAAAAGGAAAUCAACGACAGCCUCGAGUCGAUGCCGAGCGGGCACACGACGGCCGCGUUUGCCGGCUUCGUCUUCCUGUACCUGUACCUCAACGCCAAGCUCAAGGUCUUCGCCGACUACCACCCGGCCAUGUGGAAGCUCGUGGCCGUGUACGCGCCGAUCCUGGGCGCGGUGCUCAUCGGCGGCGCCCUGACCAUCGACGAGUACCACAACUGGUACGACAUCCUGGCCGGCGCCGUCAUCGGCACCGUCUUUGCCUUUUCGGCCUACCGCAUGACGUAUGCCGCCGUGUGGGACUGGCGCUUCAACCACAUCCCCCUGAACCGCGGCGCGGGGUUCAGCUAUGGCGGUGGCGGCAUGGACGAUCUUGCGGAUGCCGUGUUUACGCGUCGCGCGGGAUGGGGGGCGAGGGGUGGUGGCUUCGGUGCGAUGGGCGCCGAGAAGGGAUUCGGUGGGCAUCAUCAUCAACAUCAUAGUGAUGCCGUGGGGGGCACCGUCGCGGACGGUCCUCUGCAUCACGACAGGCACAACCACCACGCCUCCCCUUCCAUUCCGAGAAGGGCCGUGGCAGGCGCACAGCACCACCCCGACGACAUGGUCUGA